AUGUUAUGCAUGCUUGCACAAUUGUGCACUAUGCAUGUUUGUGAGAACGACACAGAAUUUAAAAACGACCUUCGAAUGCGUGAGACGAUUUUGUUUAUUAAAAAUUCAGCUUUAUGGAAUGCUCCAUUAAGAUAUCAAUAUCAAAACAAGAAAUCUUUGAAUAAAAUAUUCCAGAUUGCUCAAGAUGAAAUUUUUGUUUCUAUUCAAGAAUAA